AUGUAUAAGUGGUAUCCAGACCCAUACGUCCCCAGCGACUGCAUGAAAUACUCGAUAUGUAACAAUUUUGACCACUAUCCUACAGAACUAGCUCAUUGGGCGCUCGAAGAGAUGUGGUUCAAUUUUAAAUUUAGUAAAUACACAAUGGAGAGAAAGGCGGUUGACAGAGAUGAGGAGAUAUACCAGCUGUGUCCUUCUAAGGAAGAGGUGAUAUACAAUUUG